AUGAAGAUAGAACCAAAUGAAGUAGAGAACCUGCCGAGGCAAUUGAAAGAGUAUUUCAACCUACUGAUAGUCAUAAACUUCUUACAACACCCAAUAUGUAAGCAUGACAUUAAGUUUGGGAUAGUUCAAAUGUUAUCCACUUUUUAUGAAAAUCAUACUAAAGAUCUAUAUCAACAUUUGCAGGAUUUUAUGAUGGUUUGUGGUACAAUAAAAGAUGCUAACAAUGCAUUAAGGUUGACUCUCUUUCCCUUCUCAUUGAAAGAUGAAUCUAUUUAUUAGUUUUCCACAUUAGGACGAGACUUGAACACGAGUUGCCAUGACACAAGAUUUUUUGAAGAAAUUUUAUCCUAGAGAAAAAAAUAAUAAUAAGAGGAAGUAAAUUAUGGGAUUCAAUCAGAUUCAAGGGGAACCUUUACAUGAAGCAUGGAGUAGAUUCAAAGGAUUGGUGAGGAAAUGUAAUGUCACACAAUGGGAUAGCUAACUGACAAUUAGUACAAAUAUUUUAUGAGGGAUUGACGUAGUCACAUAAGUAUUCAUUCUUGCAGAGGGACAUUCAUGAAUAAAAAUCAGGAGAGCAUAUAGACUACUAGAGGAACUUAUUGAGAAUUCUUGGAAUUAGUGCAUCAUCAUCAUUAUCUUAUGAUAGGAGUAGUGGGCUAUCAAACAAAGUAGGUCUAUACGAGGUAGGUCACAAUGAGGAUGGAGAAUGGAGAUAUGAGGUGAAUGAAAUCAAAAUGAAGUUAGAAAAAUUAUCAAGAAUGAAUGAUUUAAACAAAAAACUAAACCAAAUACUUGCUUAGAAUAGACCAAAUCAAAGUUCACCAGCUAAUAUCUCAUCUUAUCAAUCAUGCUCACUAUGUUAGCUCUAGUCACAUAGAAAAUCACUAUCCUAUCUUAGUACAACAUAUAACACCAGUGUAAGAAUAAGUAUAGGUUGCCCAGGGCUUUCCUCAGUAGUAGAACAACCCAAACUCUAGCCCUUAUAACCUAGGGUGGAAGAACCACCCUAAUUUUUCAUGAAAAAACUAGCCACCCACAAUAACAAAUCACACAACCACACAACCUUUGUCAUGUCAAAAACAAUAAAUUCAUACCUCCACAACAAAACCUAGUUCAACAUCAAUACAAACCCCAAAUGAUCAUCAACACCAUAUGGACUAAUAAAUCAGCCUUUGACACAAUCUAUCCAACAACUUACUAAUCAGCCACAACUUAGUGAAAUGAUGAGCAUGUUUCAACAUCUAAUGUUGCAGCAAUGACAGAUGAUGACACAACAACAAAACAUGCUGCAAUAAUUAUUGCAGUAGCCAAAUGCCCAAGGAGGGCAGUUAGUCAAAUCUAAUAUAAGAAGAGACUUGAGACAGCUCCUAAGUCAACCCAUAGUGAACCCUAGACAUCAAUAUCAACUUAAAUUUCUUCUUCAAACAUCAACUAUAGCAAGAACUAGUUCACACAACCCAAAUCCAGCAUCUCAAUUUGAAAAUGCCAAGGUAGUUUCCACACUUAAGAGUGGAAAAUUACUUAGUGAUCCCCAAUAAAAAUAAGGAACAUAAUAGAAUUGAUAGAUAGACUACUAGUGACAUUUUCUAAGGGUAAAGAGAAGAAUAUAAUAGAAAAUAGUAAAGAAGAGCUGAUAGCAAACCAAACCCUAAUAACAAAAAAAUAUUAUGAUAGUGAUGAUGAAAUUGAAAUGGACAAAUUAAGAGAACAAGCAUAAGAAAAAGAGGUCCAUCACGAAAAUUCAAAAGAGUACAAACCUUCUAUUCCUUUUCCUAUAGUCCUAGAACCAUGCCUUAAAACAAAACCUAUGCCAAAGGGUAAACUAUUAGAAAUAUUGAAAAAAGUGCAUAUUAAUAUUCCUUUAGUUGAUGUUAUUAAACAUGUGCCAUCUUAUGCCAAAGUCUUAAGGAAUUAUAUACUCAACGUAGAGAAGCAAAAAAAUUAGGUUGUCAACUGAGAUUAGUGUUGUCCUAUAAGAUCAACUUCCCAAUAAACUCCAUUAAUUUCAUGUGAUAUUGGUGGAGUUACCUUCCAAAGGCACUUUUAGAUCUAGGACUAGUGUUAAUUUAUUACCAACUUUAGUUUAUGAACAUUUCAACAUAAGUCAAUUGAGACUAACACCAAUUAUGCUUUAAUUAAUAGAUUAAUCAAUUAGAGCCCCAAGAGGGAUGUUGUAAGAUGUAAUAAUCAAGGUUAAAAAUUAUUAUUUUCCUCUUGACUUUUUGAUUCUUGACAAGAAUCCACCCCAGUACCUAAGCCAAACACCUAUAAUUUUGGGAAGACCUUUUCUUGCAAUAGCAAAAGCUAAUAUUAAUUGUGCCAUCGAUAUGGGAGAUAUAUCCUUUGGAGGAGAAAAAUCUCUUAAAUAUUUUUAGAGCUUCUGGAUAUCUAGAAAAUGAUGAUGAAGAAUAUUAUAGAUGUCAUAAAUGAUCUAGUUAAAAUAGAAGAAAUUUAUGCAUGUAGUGAAGAGUGUUAUUUGUAGAACCUAGAGUCCCAAAUUGAAAUGCCUCUUCAUCGCAUAUGGAUGUAGCUGAACCAUCCAUUCAAAACCAACCCUUGUUGGAACUUAACCUCUAUCAAAUAGUUUUAAAUAUGUAUUUUUAGGAUACAAUCAAACAUUGAUUGUUAUUUUUGUUGUUAAUCUUACUAAGAACUAGGAAGAUGAGCUUUUAAUGGUAUUGAAAGAAUUUAAAAGAGUAAUUAGAUGAACCAUGGUUGAUUUAAAAGGUAAAAGUUCAUGAAUGUGUAUGCACCAUAUAUGUUGAGGAAAAUGUCAAUUCAAGUAGGAAAAUACAGAAAAGGUUAAAUCUGAACGUGAAGGAGGGAGUAAAGGGAGAAGUGAUAAAGUGGUUGGAUGUUGGAAUCAUCUAUAUUUGAUUUUAGACAGCUAGUGGGUAAGUCCCACACAAGUACUACCUAAAAAAUGAGGAUUAACAAUGAUCAAAAUUAAUAGAGGAGAUGAAAUGCAGAAAAGAUUAACUACAGAAUGGAGAGUCUAUAUAGAUUAUAGAAAGCUAAAUAUAGCAACAAAAAAGAUCACAUUCUUCUUUCUUUUAUUGAUCAAAUUUUAGAGACAUUAGUAGGACAUAAAUACUUUUGUUUCCUCAAUGGCUAUUCCAUAUAUAAUCAAAUUGCCAUUUAUCUAGGAGAGCAAGAAAAAAACUAUAUUCACAUGCUCAUAUGGUACAUUUACUUUCAAAUGUAUGCCCUUUGGUUUAUGUAGUACAUUAAUUACAUUUCAAUGUUGCAUGAUGUUUAUUUAUUCUGACAUGAUUGUUGAUUUUUUAGACAUUUUUAUGAUUGAUUUCUCUAUAUGACCCUUCUUUUGAUCAUUGUUUAGCUCAUUUAAGGAUGAUUGGUGAGUUUUAGCAAGAUGUGGAAAUCAACUUACUCUUCAAUUGGGAAAAAAGUCAUUUUAUGAUUAGAGAUGGAAUAGUUUUAGGGUAUGUAGUUAGUGAAAAAGGAAUUGAGGUUAUUACCAACCUACCACCUCUCUCCUUAAUAAAACAACUCCUAUCAUUUCUUGGACACAAAAUUUUAUAGAAGGUUUAUCAAAACAAAUUCUAAAAUUUCCAAACCUUUGAUUGCCCUCUUGACUAGAGAAGUAUGCUUUCAUUUAAAUGCUCUAGCUUUAGGGGCUUUCACAACUUUAAAACAUGCCUUAAUUUAAACAUUCAUCCUCCAAGCUCCUAAUUGAACCCUACAAUUCAAAAUUCUGUGUGAUGCCUCAAACCUAGUCAUAGGAGUUGUGUUAGGACAACAAAUUAACAAAAACCAAUAGUAAUGUUAUGCUAGUAAAACCAUAUUCGAUACUCAAAUCUAUUAUACUACAACAAAAAAGAAGCUUCUCACUGUAGUUUUUGGCUUAAAAUAUUCAAAACCUACCUCUUAAAGAGCCAAAGUGAUUGUUUACUCAAAUCAUUCAGCCCUUAAAUAUCUACUUACAAAAAAAGAAGCCAAACCAAGAUUAAUAAAAUAUAUCUUAUUACUAUAAGAGUUUGACCUUAACAUUAGAGAUAAGAAGGGUUCUAAAAAUAUAGUAGCUAACCAUCUCUCUAGACUUUCCAUCUCUGAAAAUACACAAUUGUAUGAUACAUUCCCUAAUGAACUACUAUUUAGUGUUGACAAAAAGAAUUCACCAUAGUAUAUCCAUAUAGCUAAUUAUUUGGUAACAAUAAAAAUUCUGAAUUGGUGGUGCAAAAGUGAAAAAGACAUCUUUUUCUCCCGACUAAAUAUUACUUCUAUAAUGUUCUAGAAUUAUUUCAUUUGGGCCUUGACCAAAUCCUUCAACAAUAUGUUCUAGAGGCUUAGUAUAGUAUUUUAAAUUUUUUCAUUCCUUGACAUGUGGUAGGCAUUUUCUAGUAAGAAAACAGCCCUCAAGAUUUUACAAUCUGGAUUUUAUUGGCCAACAUUAUUUAAGGAUGUACAUCACUUUAGUAAAACUUAUAUUAGUUGCUAGACAGUAA